AUGCAUGCUCUCACGGCUUUGUACCCAAGACAUCGUGUCUGUUCAGGUACUACUGUGGUUGGGAUGCUCUUCUUGAUGUACAUUCCGCUGUCGAUCCUCCCCACAUGGUUCUCGGACGCUUUUCUGCGUUACACUGGUCCACGAGAGCGACUCCCGGCAGCGAUCGAAAGUAAGCGGAAGACGCAGAAGAAAGUCGCCUGA